AUGGCUGAAGAUUGUAGGUUGAUUCUUAAUGAAGAGGAUUUUAACGUGGAUGAAAUUGAUGGAAGCGCUGCUUUGUUCCAUGCUGCAAGGGAAGACCUUCCUGAUGUAGUAAAGCGGCUACAUUCAAAAGGCCUUGACCUUGACACAACUGAUAACGAGGGCAAAACUGCUGUGUUUUAUGCGAACCGGAACCGCAGUUUGCAUGCCCUUUGUGCCUUGAUUGAGUGUUAUGCUGACUUUGACCUGGAUGAAAUUGAUGGAAAAGCUGCUUUGUUUCAUGCUGCUAAGGAAGACUACGCCGGCGUACUUUUCCUAUUAAAACAUCGAGGCUUUGACCACAACAUAACUGACGACGAGGGUAAAACUGCUGUUUUUUAUGCUAACCGGAACGGCAGUAUGGGUGUACUGUGUGAGUUGAUUGAGCGAUCGGCUAGGUUUAACUUGGAAGAAAUUGAUGGAAAAGCUGCUUUGUUUUAUGCUGCUAAGAAAAACCAAGGCGGCGUAGUUUUCAAAUUAAAAUCUCAAGGCCUUGACCUCAACAUAACUGAUGACGAGGGAAAAACUGCUAUGUUUUAUGCAAACCAGAACCACAAUAUGGUUUCUCUCUGUCGCUUGAUUAACUGUGGUGCUAAAUUUAACUUAGAUGAAAUUGAUGGAAAAGCUGCUUUGUUUUAUGCUGCAAGGAUAGGCCACGCCGGCAUAGUUUCUGAUUUAAAAUCUCAAGGCCUUGACCUCAACCUAACUAACGACGAGGGUAAAACUGCUGUUUUUUAUGCUAACCGGUGUCACAGGAAAUUUGGCCCCCUCCGAAAAUUUGGCCCCCCCGGGCCAAAUUUCCUAGGAAAUUUGGCCCCCCCGGGCCAUAUUUCCUAGGAAAUAUGGCCCCCUCUUCGGAAAUUUGGCCCCCCCCUUAAAAAAUAUAGUUUGUUUCAGAUCUUUAGGCUCGGAAAUCGUGAGGCCUCUACUAAAACAAAUUUCUAGAAAUUUUUCUCAACAUUUAUAGUCAGUUUGCGUAAUUUUUUGUGUCAAAAUUCUCUAUUGAAUUGCAAUACUGACGAGAAUCUAGGCCAAGAGCUAAAGUUUAGCGUACUUUUCGCGUUUGGUUUUGACCAGCUUCAUAG